GUGACCUUCACCUCUCUUAACGUCCUGCUUCACACUGAGGCUCUGCUCUCUGCCAUCGACUUCCUGUCCUCUGCCCUGAUGUCGGACGGCAUGACAUCCUCCGACAAAGACGUCAAACCAAAGACAGACGAAAAGACACCGUCCGCUAAGUCCACCGCCACGAUGUCACCUGCAGACAGUGAUGUCAUCAACCUGAAGGUGAUGAUGUCACUGGGAGCCUUCAACGUGCUAGUGUGUGACCAGAGUUGCAACAUGGCCGACAUCAAGAUCCAGGGUGUUAACGGAUCUUUAUUGAAACAAGGAGCACAGACGUUUAUUUCAGCUCGACUCCGAGACGUUGUCGUCCUCAAUGUCGAUUCUCAAACCAUCCACACCAAGGCCGUCUCCAUAGUGGGUGACGAAGUCUUCAGCUUCUCCAUGAGUCUGACUCCGAACGCCACAGAGGGUGCCGGUUACGCCGAUACGACUCAAACUGACGGCACGGUAAAGCUGAACGUCGGCUGCAUCCAGGUGGUUUAUCUGCAAAAGUUCUUCAUGUCUCUGCUGGUGA